AUGGCCGCGAAGUACUUGGCUCUACUAUCACUGUUGCUCAAUGCUGCAGUUGUGUUUUCAACUGUGCCGAAAACCACCAGCGAAGGAGGAGGGUAUGGUGAUGAUUAUGGUGCUCAACCAGGGAAAAAUGAUGUGUCUAAUUUCUGUCCCGAGGCAGAGGCGAUAAUAUUCUCUCGGGUCCAAGAAGCGGUUUUCGAGGACUCCAGAAUGGCAGCCUCUCUACUUCGCCUCCAUUUCCACGACUGCUUUGUUAAUGGUUGUGAUGCUUCAGUGUUGCUAGAUGACACUGUCAACUUUGUAGGUGAAAAGACAGCAGCACCUAACGUGAAUUCUCUGAGGGGUUUUGACGUCAUUGAUGCGAUUAAAUCAGACCUCGAACUUGUUUGCCCCCAAACAGUUUCGUGUGCCGACAUUCUUGCUACUGCCGCCCGAGAUUCUGUUGUUCUGUCUGGUGGACCAAGCUGGGAUGUUCAAAUGGGAAGAAGGGACAGCUUCACUGCUAGCAAAUCAUUAGCAAAUAACAACAUACCAGGCCCAAAUUCCACUGUUGCAAACCUGGUUUCCAAGUUCCAGAAUAACCUUAAUCUUAGGGACAUGGUUGUGCUCUCUGGUGCACACACAAUGGGGAGAGCUAGGUGCACUACCUUCCGCGGGCGCCUACAAGCCGCUCCCACUGCAAAUGCCCCAGAUGCAUCACUCGAGUUCGUUCAGUCCCUGCAGGAGCAGUGCUCCGGAUCAAAUAGCAACACAACACUUGCCAAUCUUGACCUUGUAACCCCAGCAACGUUUGACAACCAGUAUUAUGUGAACCUUCUUUCGGGGCAAGGUUUGCUUCCUUCGGACCAGAACCUGGUCACAGGAGAUGAUCGGACCCAUGAGCUUGUAGUUAAUUACGCAGAGGAUGUGGUUGCCUUCUUUGAGGACUUCAAAAACUCCAUGAUCAAAAUGGGAAGCUUGGGAAUGGGGACUGGGAUUAAUGGGGAGAAUCGUUGGCAUUGUCGAUCUGUCAAUUGA